AUGGGGGCCAACGGGAGUAUACCCUCAGGUGACCUACCAUCCUCCCUGAGUCGAAGGGCUCGGAAGGCGGCAGAGAAUGCUUCAUUGCCUUCCUCGGAUGUCCCAUCUUCUCGAAACGCAAGCAAGAUACCGCAGACCUCUACUCUCCGGACACCUGCUCAGACUCAUGGACGGAAACCAAGUCUGGGCUCACACGGGCACUUUUGGGGCUCAAAUUCUAGCAAUGGGUCUGAAGAUGCCCUCUCCAGCGUUGCCAGCUCAUCCGGUCCCUCAAGCCGUUCGCAAGAAAGUACAAAACAGCCCAGGAAUGUGCUCCGGCGGAAGCAUCCCAGAGUGACCCCAGAGCCACCCAGCGCGCCUUAUCAUUCUCGCAACAGCUUCAUGAGAACCGACUCAUCCUCUUCGGUUCCCCAAUCAAAUGUGUCACAGUCAAAUGUGUCUCUGGAUAUACCACGAGAUGCAAACACAGACCGCGAAUUCACUCCCAGUCCAGCAGGAUUCCGAGCUCCCCAGAGACCCGAGCAUCCAGCAACGAAUGCGCAACCUGCCACAGUUUACCCAGAGCUGGACCGAUACCGAGACUUCGAACCUCAGGAAAAUUACCGCAAUUACUACGCUGAAGUGCCUUACCCAAUAUCGACUGAUCUCCCCCCGCCAACGCCCCUGUUCUCCAGCACGAGCAGCCAGCACAGCGCUUUCAGUGGCAGUCCAUCCACUAGGUAUUCAGAAUCACCGGGAGGCGGUCCGUACAGUCGAGACACGACUCCAACCUCUAUGUCAUCCCAAUCACCUGGUCUCAUGGCGCCCAUGCGACUUCCCGCAUCAAGGUCCAAGCAGAGCAGCCCUGCAGAUACCAGGCCACCCGUGACCCGCAGGAGAGCUGGCAGUGCCUCGAAGGAGGCUCGAGACGAUGGUAUAGAGCCUGAGGGUCUUUCUAUGGUCAGAGAGUCGGUGAACUCAUCAUCGUCGGCAUCUACGGUGAGAGAUGCUACGCUUAGGGAACAGAGACAGAAGAGACUCCUCUCAUCCCGUGCCCCCAGUCCGCCGCCACGACUAUCUUCUGACAAGUCCAAGAGAACACGGGACCCGGAAAUGGCACCCAGCAGGAAGACACACGAAUCGAGCAAGUCCGUUCCAGUAAUCUCACCCACUUCCAGACUCGCAAACAACGGUCGCCCUGCUCUUCAAGCAUGUGACACACUACCACGACCGACGCCACCUAUGAGGCCGAGCCGAGAGGGGACACCGGAUCUGCAUUCUCAAGUAGGGUUGCCAGUACCAAUUGUCCAAAGCAACCUGUCUUCGACUCAUCUAGCGGAGAGGAGACGAAACAGUCUGAACCCUCCCAUAAACACUGCCAACUCCUCUCGCUCCAACACACCGUCUCAAAGCGACCGACAGCAACAGUCGUCUGCGCCCCGAAUUGGCCGGGAAGCAACUCCUGUCCCUCAAGGCACGAUGGCCCAGACAGCUAAGGUAGACUCCCGCAAGGCCCCUCGCACUCCGAGUCCCAGUAUGUCCUCGGCAUUCAAGUCGCGGUUUCCUCUAUUCAGUCGGAAGAACAAGUCCGUUUCAGAAGCACCCCCAACAAGUGUUUUUGAGAAGAAGGAUAGGCCACCUCGAAAAGGUCCUGCCGCUGGAACCGGGCACGAGGGCUAUGGACGGCUUGGCCACAUCCGGCGCCGAAGCGGCAGCAUGACUAACAAUCCUCGGGCAAUUGGCGGAACCAUGUCUUCACAAGAAAGCCUUGCGAGCAACCAAUCAGUUGAUCCAUUUCUGGCUGAGCGCAUGAGCCCUGUUGUUAUAGCAGGCGGCGAAAUCAUCGAAAAUCGGAACGUUAGCUUGGAUGUCAGUCGAACAGGAAGCGAUCAAAACCUGGCUUUGCCCCGUCCUAGUCUUGGCUCCAGGAACAACUCUGGGCUGUCUCUGACAUCCCCAGAAGAUCGCAAUACUCUUUGGCCCUCCGCGAUGCCCCAUGGAGUUGCACCAGGGCCCUCACUGGGACGGCGGCGACCAUCCGAGGGCAGUGACUCGGAAGGUCUCGCUAUGAAGCCUACAUUGGCGCUCCGGCGAUCGGUUCAGAGGCUUCAAAACUCUGAUCAAGGAUCUAUGCGUCUUCCGCAGCCUAUAGUCAUACGAUCUGGAGUGACGACUCCGUCUAUGAACAGCCACGAUACGACCAUCUUAUCGGACGACUCGCUCUAUGACCAACGACGGAUGAUGGGCCCGCCUAAAACUGAUGUUGCUCAUCCAGCACCGAAGAAGUUGUUGAAGAAACCGAAGUCACCCCGAAAAUGGAAUAUUUUUGGACGAUCGACAAGCCAGCCUGCCAGCAAGAGCAAGGAGUCGGAGACACCAAAGCCUAGUGCACCAGCGGAAGGCGGACCGAAGAAGCCUGUGGCAUUCUAUACGAUGAUGGAUCCGUCGGAACAAGAGCCAGAAGUGUUGCCAGAUGUCAAGGAGGUGCUUCGUGAAGCUCGAGUCUCCACAGAAGCUUUGCCAGCCUCGCAGAUUCCGAGGCAGCAACAACCUGCACAACCUGCACAGCCUGCGCAGCCUGCACCACGAGACCAGCCCCGUGCUACGAGCAACAAGACAGUUCAAGCCAGAACCCCUAGAGUGUCACAGACGUCGAGAAGCAUUCCGGCUGUAGUCCCAAAGCCAGAGCCAAGGAAGCCUCUCGCUCAGCCUACCCGUGCGACCCCGGCCCCAACAACAACGAAGCCUCCCACCACUCGCUCGAAUCGGUUGCCCCAGGUCGGUCGGAUCCCGAGGGUCGCUACUACGCGACCCGAAGCGGCCAAGUCAUUCUCCCGACCUUUCAACCGCGCCAGCAUGCAUCUACAGUCACCACCUGGCGUACAGAGCUCAGGCGAAGAGUUCGUUGCAAAAGGCCCUAGCCCUCCACGGUCCCUUAGCCCAGCUUCAGAACCCAAGCCCGAGGAGCCAACGGUACCCGCAAAAGCAGAGGUUGAUUCGUCGACCUAUCGGCUCUCUAGGGAUGUUCCUUCUGAAGCGAGCCGCUCACAAAACGAGUUUCUCUCUUUCCCUCCACGCAAGGACUCCGAGGGCACCUCGACCACAUCCUCUAGCUGCUCGGGGGUACUUAGCUACUCUGAUGCUACAGCCGUCAUCCCCGGACCAAAUGCUCCUCUGGCUGAGGAUGAGGUAUGGGAUGAGUACAAUGAUCUUAUGGGCGAGGAUACGCUCAGGGUACCACCCUCAGCAGGCUCAUCACAGGGCAAGCCGUUCCAUCUGGAAAUGUGGGGAAGACGUCUCGCGGACGACAAAAAUGCUCCGCUGGAGUCACCAACUAUGAACAACGCGUAUGUGGAGUCCGAUUGCGAGACGGAAUUUGAGGUAGAAGAAGCCCAGGAGGAACCUGCUCCCACUUCGAGCGGUUACAGUUCCGGUCUCACGGCAAAAAUCGACGAGACACUGGAGUCCAUCCGCGGCCCGACCGCUUCUUUCGAUAUCAGCGACUUUGUCAGCGGCUACGGCGAUCGCAAUAAUAGCCUCAACUCUCAAUCUCAGCUCCAACGUACGAGCACUGCAUCGUCUCAGAAGGCACGGGUCAUCCGAGAUUCUCAUGCCAGCGGCAGCAGCCAAGGUUCCGACGACAAUUCAGCAGUGUCCCAAGUCAACCUUCGUGUUGGAUCGAUGACUGUGAGCAAAUGGCUGACAUUUGGCCAUGUCCUGUUCAGCCCAGUCAGGGACGAGCUGGUCCCGAUGACGGGCUCUCUCAAGCGACACUCCAUCCUAGUAAUUGACGGUCUUGGAAACGAUGACUGGUCCUUCUACGCAGCUGAGACUUAUCCUGCGGCUACGUUCUUUAAUCUCUCCCCCCGCUCACCUUUGCCGACUGAGAGUCAGGGCUCUUCAUCCAGCGUUCCUCUGAGCCCGCCGAAUCACCACCAGAUCCAAUACAAGUCACACAUGGACCGGUUCCCCUUUGGCGCUCAGAGCUUCACAUGUGUGGUGUACCGAUUUCCGGCGGCUGUACCCGAGUCUCACUACCGCAAUAUCGUCUCUGAGACCCGCCGUGUGCUGAAGCCGGGCGGAUACAUAGAGCUGUCAAUUCUUGACAUCGACCUGAACAACAUGGGGAAUCGUGGUCGCCGCGCCGUCCGUCAGCUCAAGGAGCGUGUGCACACACGCACACCCAACGUCAGUCUCGGUUCCAGCUCCGACCUGCUCCUACGUCUCCUCGGACGCAAGGGGUUCACGGACAUCAAGACUUGCCGCCUGGGCGUGCCUGUCGCGAGUGCCCUUGCGCCGUCCGAGCCAAAGACGAGUAACAGAUCAGGCCCCACCAGAUCUACUAGCGGGAAAGCCAAGAGAGACACACGCAGUCUCGCAGAGAUCAUAAGUGAUGACGGCCCUAUCGCGGACGAGAGCAUCACCAAGAUGGUUGCCAAGGUCGGCCGGUGGUGGUACGACCGCUGCUAUGAGAGCGUUGCCCCUGCCCCCGGCGGCAGGAGUAUGUGGGGCGACCCGGCUCUACUCGCUGAGUGCGAGGACUGGAGGACGACUCUGAAGUUGAUGGUGUGCCAUGCUCGCAUGCCGGAUGCGCGUGGUCGCCUCGCGAGCAUCUGA